UGGUUGUGCCGAUUUUUUUUAUCUUCAGCUUCUAAACAUCCUCCUCCUCCUCCUCCUCCUGCCGCUGCUUCUCUUCUUUUCCAUUCCUCUCUCAGCUCCGGGAAGAAGAAAAACGAGGAUGUGUUGCUCGACCUGAGAUUUGAUCGCAUCUUCGGAGGAGCUGGAGGAAAAAGAAAAAAAAAGAAAGAAAAAAAAAAAAGAUCGACGUCUCCGCAGAGACAAGAAAAAAAAAUCAUCAGAAGAACUGGGAUGAUUUGGAUGUGACGACAAGCUGGUUCUGUGAUGUGUGCAUGUGGACGUCAUAUGACCGACUGAGGACCGCCUGGAUGCGGCAGGAAGGAGGCUCACGCACGCCGGGAAGCAUCGACCGUCACCCCGCGUCUUCCUCGCUUCAUCGCGGCUGCAUGAGCGCCGACGCUCGGCCUGUUCUCCGCCUGGAUGCGCCCAUCUCCGCGUAGCAACCACGCACUGACGCUGGAGCAAGGUCCGGGGACCACGUAUGGAAACUGGAACCAGAAUUUUAGAAGAAAGGAAAACUAAGCAAGCUGUUUGAGCUCCAGAACCUUUUUUUCUUGUCUUUUUUUCUGGAUUAUUUCUGGGGGGGGGUGUCCAUGCUUGGUUUAUUUUUUGAGAAGAAAAUGCUUAUGGUCGAUGAUUUAACAUCAUCCAGCACCGGGUGCUCCGUUUAAGAUCUUUCACAUGUUCUGGGCCAUGCCAGCUCAAAUGUGACACCUGACAUCUUCGUAGAUGCUGGAGAUGAGUCGUUGGCUGAUGUUGGCGUCGAGGUAGUCCCAUCCCGACUUGAACCACUAGCGCUUCUGCCGUUUCAUAGGCCGGGUCCACGUCUAAAGAAUACAAAGCAGCUGUGUGCGGUUCUUCGCCCCUAAGAACCCAUGCACGUGUUCUGGUUCUACUUAGCAGACAGGUUAGCUCCAGUGUGAGGAAGAGGAGCAGAGGAAGCCGAGCUGUGGAAGUCGCUUCCGGAGUCCGUGGUUGUUUGGCCUUCCAAGUCCACAAAGUAGGCCUCCAUCCCAGACCGUUCCCCCCCCUCCUGUGGGACCUGCUUUUUUAGGUCACUUGUUGUUCCACUUUCACCACUCAAAGUUUGACCUGCACCCCCCCCCCCCCCGCCCCCCUCCUCUCGCCCCCCCAGGACAAACACCACCACCCUUAAACACGCACAUCUUAUUUCUCACCUGGUCAGUGCCCCCCCCCAAAACCAACCAUACGAUUUCCCCCGAGCUCCCCUAAUUCCCCCGCCCCCCCAGCGGCCCCCCGCUACCACCGCCGUCCGCCCGAGGCCGCCCACCCCCCCUUUUCCGAGCUGGCGUGGCGACGCAAACUCACAAAUAUUUACUUCCUGUACGUGAAGAGGAAAGGGGGCCCCCCUUUCGUGGAAUGCGGCAAUAUGGGCGUGUUUGACCGCGGAGUUCAGAUGCUGCUGACCACGGUGGGGGCCUUUGCCGCCUUCAGCCUCAUGACCAUCGCCGUGGGCACGGACUACUGGCUGUACUCGCGUGGCGUCUGCAAGAUCAAGAGCACCAACGAGAACGAGACCAGCAAGAAGAACGAGGAGGUGAUGACGCACUCGGGUCUCUGGAGGACCUGCUGCCUGGAAGGUUCCUUUAAGGGCAUGUGUAAACAGAUAGAUCACUUCCCGGAGGACGCCGACUACGAGGCCGACGCUUCCGAGUACUUCCUACGUGCAGUCCGGGCCUCCAGCAUCUUCCCGAUCCUCAGUGUGAUCCUGCUCUUCAUGGGGGGGCUCUGCAUCGCCGCCAGUGAGUUCUACAAGUCACGCCACAACAUCAUCCUCAGUGCCGGAAUCCUCUUUGUCUCUGCAGGCUUGAGCAACAUCAUUGGCAUCAUCGUCUACAUAUCUGCCAACGCCGGGGAUCCUUCCAAGAGCGACUCCAAGAAGAACAGCUACUCCUAUGGCUGGUCCUUCUACUUCGGCGCGCUCUCCUUCAUCAUGGCCGAAAUGGUGGGCGUGCUGGCCGUGCACAUGUUCAUCGACCGCCACCGGGAGCUGCGCGUAGGGGCCCGGGCCGCCGACUACCUCCAAGGCGCGGCCAUCACGCGCAUUCCCAGCUACCGCUAUCGUUACCGCCGCCGCUCGCGCUCCUCCUCCCGCUCCACGGAUCCCUCACACUCUCGUGAGCCGUCGCCGGUGGGCCUGAAGGCCUUCGGGACACUACCUUCCACAGAGCUGUCCAUGUACACGCUUCCAAAAGGCCAAACAGGCACACCCACGGCCACCUACAACUCCACAGAGAGGGACCACAACUUCCUGCAGGUCCACAACUGCAUCCAGAAAGACCUGAAAGACUCGGGCGGCCAUAGCAACACCGCCAACCGACGUACCACGCCCGUAUGAAAAUCAUGGACCUCAGACACUACACACAAAAAAAAAACAUCCAAGGAGACUUUGGGGAGUGGCGGAAAACGAUAAGUCGUGGUUUGGUUCUUUGAGGGCUAGACGGGUGGGGGGGGGG